UUCUGUUUUUACUGCUUCUAUUGACAUGAAUUGGCUUCAGUUGGUUCCUCUGCUCCUCACUGUCUCCACAGGACUGGUGUGCUGCUCGGAGGACGAAACUCGUCUAGUGAAUAAACUCUUCACUGGCUAUAAUAAAGUGGUCAGACCUGUCAAUCACUUUAAAGAUGCUGUGGUGGUCACUGUGGGACUACAGCUAAUUCAGCUUAUUAGUGUGGAUGAGGUCAACCAAAUUGUCACAACCAACGUACGUCUGAAACAGCAAUGGAAAGAUGUGAACCUGCAGUGGAACCCAGAGGAGUAUGGAGGAAUAAAAAAGAUCCGAAUUCCAUGCAAUGACAUCUGGAGACCUGACCUUGUUCUCUAUAACAAUGCUGAUGGUGACUUUGCCAUUGUGCACGAGACCAAAGUUCUGCUAGAAUAUACAGGAAUGAUCACCUGGAACCCACCUGCCAUCUUCAAGAGCUACUGUGAGAUCAUUGUGCUUCUUCCCUUUGACCUGCAGAACUGCACCAUGAAACUCGGAACAUGGACUUUUGAUGGAAAUCUUGUCGCCAUCAACCCUGACAGCGAUCGUCCAGACCUGAGCAAUUUUAUGGAGAGUGGUGAGUGGGUGAUGAAGGACUACAGGAGCUGGAAGCACUGGGUUUAUUAUGCCUGUUGCCAAGACACACCAUACCUGGAUAUCACCUACCACUUCCUGUUGCUGAGACUGCCGCUCUAUUUUAUCGUCAACGUGAUCAUACCAUGCCUCCUCUUCUCUUUCCUGACUGGUUUAGUCUUCUACCUGCCCACAGACUCAGGUGAGAAGAUGACCCUUAGUAUCUCUGUCCUGUUGUCUCUGACUGUGUUCUUGCUGGUGAUCGUGGAGCUCAUCCCCUCUACCUCAAGUGCUGUUCCUCUCAUUGGCAAAUACAUGCUCUUCACCAUGAUCUUCGUCAUUGCCUCCAUCAUCAUUACUGUCGUUGUUAUCAACACACACCACCGUUCACCCAGCACACACACCAUGCCUGCCUGGGUUCGCAAGAUUUUCAUUGAGACCAUCCCCAAUUGGAUGUUCUUCUCUGCAAUGAAGCGACCCAGUGUGGAAAAACGCACUAAAAACAUUUUCACUCCUGACCUGGACAUCUCUGAUAUCUCCGGGAAGCCGAUGCCCACUGCUGUGCCUUUCCAGUCACCCAUUACUAAAAACCCAGAUGUCCGAAGCGCAAUAGAAGGAGUAAAAUACAUCGCAGAGACCAUGAAAUCAGAUGAUGAGUCCAACAAUGCCUGUGAUGAGUGGAAGUUUGUUGCAAUGGUUCUUGACCACAUUUUGCUCUGUGUCUUCAUGGCAGUGUGUAUAAUUGGGACACUGGGCGUUUUUGCCGGGAGACUUAUUGAGCUCAGUCAGUUAUAACCUUGUUAUAAUCUUAAAAUAAUAAUUUUCAUAUAAUAUUAUUCGAAGGGGCCUUUGGAAAGAUAAAUAUGCAUGCAAAAUUAUAUUGUAAAGUAUAAUGUUUUAUUAUAUGAAUGUUAGGGAGGAAAAAUAUUACAAAAUUGUACCAUACAGAUAAAAAGCAGUGCCCAAAUAUAGACUGAUUUGUAUUCACUACUAUUAUCUUUGUAAGAAAAUGCAUAAUGCUUUGGUAUAAAUAAAAUAAAGCAUAUUGUUUAGUCCUA